AUGCGCUUCUUCUCAGAUCGCGAGAUAGAGAAGCACGAGAAUUUCGAGCCGGAAUGGAUCUGGGCUGACGAUCAAGGUACCGUCUACGCACAAGGAUACGGAUGUGAUCUCACCGUCAUUUUCUCCUUCAGCGCCAACAAAGAAGGAAGCCCACCAACCUCGCUAGCGAAUCGAGUCUGCAACAAAUUCGAGAACAUCAAAACCGACGACCCCGGAGCAACCUUUGCUACGAUUUCGGACCUGCACGCUGCCAUAUGGGCAUCCAUUCAGAGUAGUGACAGCUCCGUUGAGAAUCUUGGAUUCGAGGUCUAUUCACAUCCUCUAUUCUCCCAAUACGUUGGGAAUCUCGCAGACGACACUCUCGGGCGUUUACCAGAUGCUGCUACAGGCCAGUCACUUGAGUUUGCUACCCUCGUUCGCCUCCAACAGCUCGGCGGCAGAGGCUGCACCACUCAGGCGUCUUACCGAACCGCUCUUUCCUAUUGCGAUGACGAAGGCGACGUGAUAUUUCGAAACUUGAUCAGCAAUUGGCGUCGAGAGUACAAUACCCUCCACCGACUUCCUCCUCACACGAACAUAAUGCCCCCGCCAACAGUGCCCGUGACUAUUCAGUGGCCCGACCAGUCAGCCCAGCCAAUCUUUUGUGGUGCUUUGUUCCCAUUUUAUACAGGAGGGAAUAUUGAGUCGCGCAUUCAAGAGAGCAACAAAGCCGGCGCACGAAUUGCUCCGCGUCUCAAGGCACAUUGGUGCGCCAACAUGGCAUCUGCGGUCUUUCACACUCACCGGGUCGCAAUGACUUACCACAAAGAUGUAAAGCCCGGCAACUUUGUCGUGGACGAAGACGACAACCUCAAGCUUUGCGACUGGGAGCAGCACGAUGCGCCAGCUACAACAAUCGCGCCAGAGGCAGAUGGAACUUGGGAUGUCACAGAGGAUGUUUCGAGCAACGGGCGACCUCAACUACACUACACGAAAUACAGUGGCCCGCCUCGUCGUAACGUGCAUGAAGAUGUUCUUGAGGAUGCACCGUGGCACACGUGGGAUGUAUUUCCCAUCUGGAUCACUGAGCAUCCCUGGGCACUCGAGCUUGCGGAAGUCUUUAGUCUCGGCAGGACUAUGUGGAUGCUACUCCGUCAACCAGAGGCUGACUGGGAGGGCAUUGAGCACCCCGACUAUAUUAACACAGAUUGGGACGAGUCGGACGACAUUCCAUUUACUUGGAAGCAAAUGGUCGACCGAUGUAUGCCGCGUGAUGCAAAUGAGAGGCCUGAUCUUGAGGAAUUAGUGGGUUUCUAG